GCGCCGCGGACCCCCCUGGCCCUGCCGAUUACCCGCCGCCCGCCGCCGGCGCAUCCGGCCCAAUGCACGCCUUUGCUGCCCCAAAGCCCCCGAAGCUCGAUGACCUGCGGCGCCAGCUCGCCGCCCUGCUGCUGGCGAAAUCAAAGCUGGGCGCGCCGUGCUGCGCCGGCGGGCGCGGCCGCAGCAGCGGCGGCGGCGGCGGCGCUGCAGCAGCGUGCGCGGCGGCUUCAGACUGACGG